AUGUUGCUCAUUGGUCUGACAGGUGGCAUUGCGUGUGGGAAGUCCACGGUAUCGACGAUGCUGGAAAAGCAACAUCAUCUUACGGUAAUUGACGCGGACCGUGUUGUGCGGGAGCUGCAACGCCCUUCAAUGCCAUGUACACGCAAAAUAGCGAGACGGUGGCCGGGGUGCGUAAACUCUCAAACGGGCGAGAUUGACCGUGCCGCUUUGGGCGAAAUCAUCUUUCGUGAUCCGCAGGCUCGCCGUGAGCUGGCACGCAUCAUGAAUUUUCCGAUUUUUUCUAAAGUUAUGCUGUUGUUGGUACGGUUUUGGUGGGAAAGCAUGAAACAAAGAAUGAGGGGUGAGGGACCUCUUCUUGUGGUACUCGAUGCACCGCUCCUAUACGAGUCUAACAUCUAUACAUGGUUUAUCGACAGGGUUGUGGUGGUGGGAUGUAAAGAGGAGGAGCAACUUGCUCGCCUUGAGAAGCGCAAUGGAUUCACACGUGAGCAGGCGAUGCAACGCGUACGAGCUCAGAUGCCGAUAGAAGAAAAGUGUAGGCGCGCCGACUACGUCAUCCACAACAGCGGAACCCUAACGGAAUUGUUUUUUUCCGUCAAAGACAGUGUAGAGUGGAUGCGCCAACAGUCUGGCUUCAAGAUGAAUACUAUUGUUUUUGUUUCCGCCGCAGGCGGUACUGUGUGCCUCGCGGCUGUGGUGCAUUUGCUUUGCCAUCUGCCAUGGUGA